AUGCUCCCCCUCCUCGCACUCCUCCCCUUCCUCGCACUCACCACCGCCCUCCCCGCCCCUAGCGCGAACGUAGCCCCCGGACCGACCGGUACAGCCGUCACCAGCAAGCUCCCCCUCAAGCUCCUCGCUUCCCGCCAAUACUCGGACUCUCUCGUCGAGCGCCAGGCAUGGCUCAAACACCAGGCCAAGUCGCUCCAGGCAAAGUACGCGCUGAGCUUGGACGAAGAGUGGAAGAAGCUCAUUGGGAUGAGCAAGAGGGACUCGGGGAGUGUGCAGUUGGAGGAUUUGAACUAUGAUGGGACAUAUGCUGGUACGGUCUCUAUUGGUACCCCCGCGCAAGACCUUUUGCUCGUCCUCGACACCGGUUCUUCCGACCUGUGGGCCGCUGGAUCCGGAUGUUCUGCCGAUUUCUGUGAAGACGUCGAAACCUUUAACAAGAACGCUUCCACAUCCUACCAAACAGCCGAUGGUACCUUUCGUAUCACCUAUGGUUCUGGCAGUGCUGCCGGCGACUAUGGAACCGACGUCGUCGACCUUGCUGGGUUUUCCCUUGCCAAUACCACUUUCGCUGUGGUAGACCAAGCAACAAGCGGCCUCAUUGACGAACCUCUCUCCGGUAUAAUGGGCUUUGGCUGGACGGCGCUCGCCUCCUCCAACGCGUCCCCAUGGUGGGAGACGCUCGCGUCUACAGGGCAGUGGGAUGACCCCGAGUUUGGGGUUUAUAUGGCGCGGUUUAGGGGGGUGGAUAAUGCUACGAAUGAUGAGCAGGAGGGUGGGGAGAUUACUUUUGGGGGUGUGGAUUCGUCCAAGUAUAGUGGGGAUCUGAACUACAUCUCGAUCGACGAUUCUGCGAAGGAUUACUGGCGUAUCGCUGUGGAAGGCUUGAGCGUUAACGGCGAUGACAUUUCCCUCUCCUCCCCCCAAGCCGCCAUCGACACCGGCACAACCCUCAUCGGCGUCCCCUCCUCCACAAUCUCCUCCAUCUACGCCCAAAUCCCCAACUCUGAACCCCUCGACUCGUCCGUCGUCGGCAGCGCGGGGUACUACCAGUUCCCUUGCAAUGCUACUGCCAGUGUCACGUUUACGUUUGGAGGGCAAGAGUAUGAGAUGGAUGGGGAGGAUAUGAAUUUGGGCAGUUUUACGGAUGAUGAGAGUAUGUGUACGGGGGCGUUUUUUGAGCAGCAGAUGUCAUCAAGAUCCCCGAUCCAAUGGAUCGUCGGCGCGGCAUUCUUGAAGAAUGUGUAUGCGGCGUUCAGGUAUGAGCCUGCGGCAAUUGGGUUUGCGUCGCUUGUGGCGAAUGGGACUUCUUCAUAA